AUGAGUACUUCCAGUAUCGGGAAGACGGGAUCGGCAGACGCGGACUUACGUCGUUACAGAAGUGCACGGUUGCGAUCUGCCAGUUGUGCUGGCAGUUGUGCCUACGGCACAACAGUAGAUAUGUUUGACGAGUACCUUCACGUCGGGGAUACAACUGGCCGCGAAUGUCUCAAGAAAUUUUGUAAGUUAAUUGUGGAGGCUUUUGGCGACACAUAUUUGCGACGCCCGACUGCUGAUGAUUGCCAGAGUCUGAUGCGGAUGCACGAGAUGGUGCACGGCUUUCCUGGGAUGCUAGGGAGCAUCGACUGUAUGCACUGGCAGUAG